AUGAUGGCCAUCAUCGGCAUGUUCUUCCAAGAUGGUCUUACAGGAUCUGCCUGGGGAGACUGGAGCACAUACACGGCGUCCCCCCUGAGGGCUUACGACCCCUCGGAAGAGGUCGGGGCCAUGCCACCUCUGGGCUUUUUCGACCCCUUGAACUUUUCCAAGCCGGGCCGACCGCUGGGCGUGUUCCUCCAGGACCUGAGCGAUGAGGAGAAGUUCGCGUGGCUUCGCGCCGCAGAGCUGAAGAAUGGCCGCGUGGCGAUGAUGGCGACCGUCGGAGCGGUGUUUCAGCACUUCGUGCGACUGCCGGGCUUCGAGAACAUGCCUGCCGGCAUCAAGGCCAUCGAAAAGGCUCCCGGCAGCUACGGCUUCGUGAUCCUUUGGAUCUUGGCCGGCGUCCUCGAGCUUGGGCCGUGGAGGCAGGUUGCGGACAAGGAGCCCGGCAACUUUGGCGAUCCCAUGAACUUCAACCAGUACACCAAGGAGAUGCGAGAGCGGGAGAUCAACAACGGCCGUUUCGCCAUGUUUGCGGCCAUCGGCAUCAUCGCCGCCGAAAUGUACACAGGCAAGGAUGCCGUCGAGCAGUGGGGAUGA